AUGGCGGUGUUGCAAGGCACGCCAGGGCAAGUCUUGCGGGGCGGGCGACUGGAUUACACAGACGUGGAGGGGAUAUUGGGGCCUAAGAUUGCGCCUAGGUGGGUACGGUCAGCUUGGGAGACCCGGCCAAGGCGGAGAGCAGCCAAGCCUGUGGCAUCGGUUUCUGUACGGCAAAAAGGACUCUUGGGUCUGGUGUCAGUUGCAUUUGGAGCUCAACCCCUGGAGGCCGGUCAGUCCACGUGA